CUAAAAACUUUGAAUAAAGAGCUUUUUAUAAGUAUAUUUUUAUAAAAUUUUAAUUUAAUAAAACAUUUAAAAUAUAAAUCAUCAAAGCUACUAAGGAAUACACAAACAGGCAGAAGAGACAACGAUGAUGAUAAUUUGAUUUCCAUUUUCCAUUUUCUUUCCCUUGACCUGACGAAAAUCACAAGAAAAGAGAAAACCCACGUUUCCAUUUCAACUCACAAGCGAUCUAAACUCACCCAAAUCAGAUCCGACACUCACCAGCCUUCCUUUUAAGUGUUUGUUUGAUUUGUUUAUUGAACAAUGGACUCGAAACCCAAGAGGAGAACCGUUAUAGAGAAUGGGGAUACAGGGGAAGAUUUGGUGCUUGCAACGUUGAUCGGGAAUGGGGAUGAUUUGGGUCCUCUUGUUCGACACGCCUUCGAAAUGGGUCGGCCUGAGCCGCUUGUUCAGCAGCUGAAGCAUGUUGUGAAGAAGAAAGAAGUGGAAAUUGAGGAGCUCUGCAAGACUCACUAUGAAGAAUUCAUCCUUGCUGUUGAUGAACUUCGGGGCGUCUUGGUUGAUGCUGAAGAGCUUAAGAGUGAUCUCGCCAGUGAUAAUUUUAGGCUGCAGGAGGUUGGGAGCGCUCUUUUGGUGAAGCUUGAAGAGCUUCUUGAAUCUUAUUCUAUUAAGAAAAAUGUGACUGAAGCUAUUAAGAUGUCCAAGAUUUGUAUCGAAGUCUUGGAGCUUUGUGUUAAAUGUAACAAUCACCUUUCAGAAGGCCAGUUUUACCCUGCAUUGAAAACCUUGGAUUUGAUUGAGACAAACUACUUGAAGAACAUCCCUGUAAAUAAAAUCAAAAUAGUGAUAGCAAAGAAUAUUCCUAUAAUAAAAGCACAUAUCGAAAAGAAAGUGACUACGCACUUCAAUGAGUGGCUAGUUCACAUUAGGAGUUCUGCCAAGGAUAUUGGACAGACAGCAAUAGGACAUUCUGCAUCAGCACGCCAAAGGGAUGAAGAAAUGCUGGAGCGGCAGAGAAAAGCUGAGGAACAGAACAUUUGUGGCUUAGGAGAGUUGGUAUAUUCGUUAGAUGUCGAAGAAGUUGAUGAGGAUUCUGUUUUGAAGUUUGAUCUUACACCUCUUUAUCGGUCAUAUUACAUACAUGCCUGCCUUGGAAUCCAAGAGCAAUUUCGUGAAUAUUACUACAAAAAUCGGUUAUUACAGCUCAAUUCAGACUUGCAAAUCUCUUCCUCACAACCAUUUGUUGAAUCAUAUCAAACUUACCUGGCUCAAAUUGCAGGCUACUUUAUUGUGGAAGAUAGGGUCCUAAGGACUUCUGGAGGCCUGUUGUCUGCCGAUCAAGUUGAGACGAUGUGGGACACAACUGUCGCUAAAGUGGCAUCAAUUUUGGAAGAACAAUUUUCUCAUAUGGAUUCUGCAACGCACCUUCUAUUGGUGAAGGAUUAUAUCAGUCUUCUUGGAGCAACUCUUAGAGAGUAUGGAUAUGAAGUGGGUUCCGUUCUUGAGGUCUUGGAUAAUAGCCGAGACAAAUACCACGAGCUUCUUCUUGAAGAGUGCCGUCAGCAAAUUGCUAAUAUUAUUUCUAAUGAUAGCUAUGAGCAGAUGUUACUGAAGAAGGAUUCUGACUAUGAUAAUAAUGUUUUGGCAUUUCAUCUUCAGACUUCAGAUAUAAUGCCAGCUUUUCCAUAUAUUGCACCAUUCUCCUCUAUGGUGCCUGAUUGCUGUCGUGUUGUUCGAUCAUUCAUCAAAGGCUCUGUUGAUUACUUGUCUUAUGGAGUGAAUUCUAAUUUUUAUGAUGUAAUGAGAAAGUAUUUGGACAAGCUCUUGAUUGAUGUGCUUAAUGAAAUUGUGCUUACUAAAGUUCAUAGUGCUGGCAUUGUUGUAUCUCAAGCCAUGCAGAUUGCUGCAAAUAUAUCAUUUCUUGAAAGAGCUUGCGAUUUUUUCCUUCGACAUGCUGCCCAACUUUGUGGAAUUCCAGUUCGAUCAGUUGAGAGGCCUCGAGCCAGUUUGACAGCCAAGGCAGUCUUAAAAUCUUCAAGUGAUGCAGCUUAUCUGGCUCUACUGAAUUUGGUAAAUAGUAAGUUAGAAGAGAUCAUGGCACUUACAGAAAAUAUAAACUGGACUUCUGAAGAGAUAUCCCAAAAUAAUAAUGAGUAUAUGAAUGAGGUGGUAUUUUACCUUGACACUCUUUUGUCAACAGCACAGCAAAUUCUACCAUUGGAUGCUUUAUACAAGGUUGGGAGUGGGGCUCUUGAGCAUAUUUCCAAUUCUAUUAUUGCUGCAUUUCUCAGUGAUAGUGUCAAGAGGUUUAAUGCCAACGCAGUCAUGGUUAUCAACCAUGAUCUAAAGAUGUUGGAGAAUUUUGCUGAUGAGAGGUUUCACAGCACUGGCCUAAGUGAGAGAUAUAAGGAAGGUAGUUUUCGAAGUUGCUUGAUAGAAGCCCGACAGUUGAUAAACCUUUUGUCCAGCAGCCAGCCAGAGAAUUUCAUGAAUCCUGUAAUACGGGAGAAAAACUACAAUGCUUUGGAUUAUAAGAAAGUGGCUAGCAUCUGUGAAAAAUUCAAGGAUUCACCAGAAGGGAUCUUUGGGAGCCUUUCGACCAGAAAUGCAAAACCAAAUUCAAGGAAGAAAUCGAUGGAUGUGCUGAAAAAAAGAUUGAAAGACUUCAACUGAGAUGGAUUCAAACAUUUGCUUGCAUUAGAAGCGGUUAUGUCUAUUUUGAUCUUCAUAUUUCCUUUUUUUUUCCUAAAUGAUAUGGUUUGUAGCUCAUUUGAUGGUAAAUUAUUAUAAUAAAGUUUCUUUAUUCCUCUCUAUCCUCUUGCAGUUUUCU